CCUGCCACCGCUCCGCCAUGGCAGCGUGCGGCACAGUCCGUGCCAGGUCGUCAAGCACCCUCGUUCGCGCGCUCUGCUCGUUCCGGCAAACCGACACCUGUUACGAAGUGCGCCGACGGCGAUGGCGGCCACGUGAACGCGAUGCCAUGACAGCAAAGACCCGCUCUCGCAAAAUGCUGUCGUCGGUGGUGUGGUUCGCGGUCUCGCUCAGUGCUUCCGCGUCGGCCUACUCCUGGCCUAGCGAAGAGACAACGACGCGCCCGCCGCAGUCCAGAGACUUUCACAGCGACCCGCUCGUGGUGGAGACGACCAGCGGCUUGAUCCGGGGCCGCUCGAAGACGGUGCUGGGCCGCGAGGUGCACGUCUUCACGGGUAUACCUUUCGCCAAGCCGCCCAUCGAGCAGCUGAGGUUCAGGAAGCCGGUGCCCAUCGACCCCUGGCACGGGAUCCUGGAUGCCACCAAACUCCCCAACUCUUGCUACCAGGAGCGUUAUGAGUACUUCCCCGGCUUCGUCGGCGAGGAGAUGUGGAAUCCCAACACCAACAUCUCCGAGGACUGCCUCUACCUCAAUAUCUGGGUCCCCCAGCGUUUACGCAUCCGCCACCACGGCGAGAAACCUCCACAAGACCGCCCUAAGGUUCCAAUUCUCGUGUGGAUCUACGGGGGUGGCUACAUGAGUGGCACAUCCACUCUUGAAAUCUACGAUGCCGACAUCAUCGCCGCCACCAGUGACGUUAUAGUCGCCUCCAUGCAGUACCGUGUCGGCGCCUUCGGUUUUUUGUACCUGAGCAAAUAUUUUCCCAGAGGCAGCGAAGAGGCCCCCGGGAACAUGGGCAUGUGGGACCAAGCACUGGCCAUUCGAUGGAUUAAAGAAAACGCGAUCGCGUUUGGCGGCGAUCCGGAUUUAAUAACGUUGUUUGGCGAAUCCGCGGGAGGCGGCUCGGUCAGCAUUCAUUUGUUAAGUCCGGUGACAAAGGGGUUGGCGCGUAGAGGGAUUUUGCAGUCCGGGACAAUGAAUGCUCCUUGGAGUUAUAUGUCGGGCGAAAGAGCGCAGAAAAUUGGGAAAGUGCUGGUGGAAGACUGCGGCUGCAACGUUUCGUACUUGGAAACUCGCCCUCAUCAAGUCAUGGAUUGCAUGCGCGCGGUGGACGCCAAAACUAUUUCUUUACAACAGUGGAACUCGUACUCAGGAAUUUUAGGUUUUCCUUCAACACCGACCGUUGACGGGAUUUUCUUGCCCAAACAUCCGAUGGAUAUGCUGGCUGAGGGGGAUUAUGAGGAUAUGGAAAUAUUGCUGGGAAGUAAUCGGGAUGAGGGCACUUAUUUCUUAUUAUACGACUUUAUCGACUUUUUCGAAAAGGAUGGACCUAGCUUCCUUCAACGAGACAAAUAUCACGAUAUUAUCGACACGAUUUUCAAAAACAUGAGUCGUUUAGAGCGUGACGCUAUUGUAUUUCAGUAUACGGAUUGGGAGCAUGUCAACGACGGAUACUUAAAUCAGAAAAUGGUUGGUGAUGUCGUUGGUGAUUAUUUUUUUAUUUGUCCCACUAACGACUUCGCGGAGCUCGCAGCAGAACGAGGAAUGAAAGUAUAUUACUACUUUUUCACACACAGGACAAGCACGUCGUUGUGGGGCGAAUGGAUGGGGGUGAUGCACGGGGAUGAGAUAGAAUACGUGUUUGGCCAUCCUUUGAACAUGUCGUUGCAGUUUAACUCGAGGGAACGCGAGCUCAGUUUGAAGAUAAUGCAAGCCUUUGCCAGAUUCGCUGCAACUGGGAAACCUGUCACAGACGAUGUGAAUUGGCCAUUGUACACAAAAGAUCAGCCACAGUAUUUUAUUUUCAACGCCGACAAAAACGGAAUUGGAAAAGGUCCUCGAGCAACGGCUUGUGCUUUUUGGAACGAUUUCCUGCCGAAACUUCGGGAUAAUCCAGAUUCGGCGGAGCCACCCUGCGUCAACACUUACUUAAGCAAAAUGGGGUCUUCAUCAGGAAGGGCAUCUACGCGCACACUGCUCGAAAUUCUCAUCCUUUUGAUGCUAGCUCUAAGCGCAUUGUAGAUAAGUAUCUCUUAUAUGUAAGCAAAUGUAGGCCUACUUAGUUGCAAAGCUUCAGACACAGACGUAGAGAAUUGGAAGUAAAUGAUAAUUAGAAUUACUUAUGUAAACUCCGGCGUCUCUAUCAAACGACGACGUUAACGACAUAAUUCAGUUUGUUAAGUUAACAAUCACUUUAUAAUCCUAAAUACCAAUUAGUAUACUUUAUAUAUUUUGUAUAUAAUAGCGCAGUUAAUUUCGUGGAAAAUCCCAUCAACUCUGUUCGAGUGCUUGAUCGAGGAGAAACUGUUGCGACAAGUGGAGAAUUUAGAGUUAUAAAGUGAUGAAAAGAAAUCAAAACCCGUUGUAGUUUCAUAGCAGAAGAAUAUUUUACUUUAUCGGUUUAAUUGAAUCGUCAGAAGGUUAAUAGAGCUUUGAGGAUCGGACAGGUUGAACCAGUCUGUACCAGAGAAUAAAACAAUCACUGAAGCUUUUGAUAAAUGAACUCAGUCGUUUGUACUGUCAGGAAUGCCCUGGAAAAAUAUAUAAUAGACGUGAUAUAACAAACCCUCAUUUUGCUGAUGUCACCGACAGAAUAUACUGAUAAUUUCACGAGUAUUGUCAGGUGUGACGCGCGACUUAAUGAGACAAGAAAUUAAGCUUUGUGAAAUAUAAGAGACAAUGUUAAAUAUAGCAUAUGUUAAAUUGUAUGUCAGCAUGCUCGUGGCGACUGUACGCAUUUUGACUCUGUAUAAAAUACAACAUUCUUGCAUUUAUACACAGUCAUAGACAAUCAUAUUUAUCGAUCUUAAUAAUAAUGUUAAGAAACCAAUCUUAUGUUAGGUGUAGGGAAUCAUGCUACACUUGCGUCGCGCAUGCUUCUGCUAUAUACAAGAAAAAAAUCGUUAGGAAUUAUGUAAAAAUGUGUAGGGAAUUAAUGUCUAAUGAAAAUUCGUGAUAUAUGAACUAUUCAUUUCAUCCUUUUAGUAUGAGCCAAAUUGUAUAUAAGAGCUAAUUUUGUUAAACAUAUUGUACAUUUUAUAUGACACGUUUCAAACGUUAUACCUUAAACCUGCCAAUUUAUUUCGAGCGUCAAUUUCAUUGUUGCUACUCAAUACAUAUCAUUUACGAAAAACCCAAAUUACAAGGUAUAAUUUUUGAAUAUUUAGACCACUAGUAUAUUAACCGUAUAUGUACAUUUAAGAAUACGUACAAGUAUUAUAAUGUUACGAUAGUUUCCGUUGUUGCAAGAUCUGAUUUCUUAAUCACAGCUUUAGAAGUUUGCUGUUCAUUCGUCUGUGCUCGUAAUGGAGGCAUCCGCCUUCGUUACCCUCGUUAGUUGUCUGUGUGAAGUAUGCAUAUGUUUCCAAAAUACUCGUCGCAAGUAUCUGUCCAACACCACGCUUGUCAAUUUUACCGUACAAUAAAUUCUAAAGUUUCUGGCCAGCUUUACUGUGCAAUGCUGGUUGCUCACACGUCGGGCUUCAAUUUUCACACUUCAACGCUACAACUAAUAAAAAAGCGAAUAAAAUACGCCACCACCAAUUCAAACGUCUUAUGAUCACACUGGAAACACAAAGGAACACACCCCAUUUUCCCAUGACGUAUUUUAUUCGAUGCGAAUAUACAGCACCGUCAAUAACAAUCGGAUAUUGCUGUAUGUGGCACAAAUCAGUUAAAGUACAAUAGGAGGUAUCUCCUAACAGUUUUAGUUCCGGAGUUCUGAUACAAUUAGUGGUAGCAGGCUUGCCACCCUGUCGUUCUUAUGCCUGUAUUAGAUUAGUGCCUAUAUUACUAUAUACUACUUAUACCUUUAUAGUGUAGCUAUUUAUACCGCGCAUACACAAAGGGCUGGAAACAGCUGAAAUGAGCUGCUGCUGUGAAUACAUAUCAACUUAAAAUUAGCGAUGCACAUAGGCGUCGACAUUGUUUGCUUCCUCCCACUUCUAGUUUCACAUGAUUCUAAGACUGGACGAGUUUAUUGUUGAACUUUUUAUACCUGCACUAUAUACACAUACUUACAUAAAUCUUGUUGCUGCCAGCCUUACAAAUUUGACAACAAUGUAGGAGAUAAAUGCAUUCUUAUGAUAGCUUAAUACUGUAGAAUAAAGACUUGUAUCUUAUGAGUAAAAUGGAAGCAACAAUGGCGACGCCUAUGAGGAAAUUUAUAUUCUGUAUGUAUGGGAGUUCCUCGUUGCAGAGAAGAGACGGUGUGAACUUUUUUAAAAGAGAACUUUAAAGAAAAAUCGAGUCUUAUUUCGUUGUUUUGAGCAACUGUUGGAUGUGUGUGGGCUUGUAAGUGUUAGAUUUGUUGACCAUUGUUACGUGUUUUUCUUUGCUGAGCACCGUCUAGCAAGUAGUUGUUCGGCCUGUGAACUGUUGCCACGAUGGAAUCACAGCAAUGGUGGUUUUAUCGAUGGCACUACCAUUAGAGAUACAUAUCGUGUAAUAACCGUGCAUAAAGUGUAAUUACAAUCAAUUGAUUUAUACACAACUGAUAGGAAUUAGUUAUAGAGAAAUAUACAUACAUAUCUAUCGAAACUGCACACAUAUCAUGAAUGUGACUUCAGCUGUCCUGUCCAAUAAUUAAGUAGUGUUAAAUGUAAAAUGAAUGAAUAAAAAUCGUAUUUGAUAUACAACAUAAUCUUAAAAUGUAUUUUUUAAAGAUAUACAUUAAAAGAAGACAUAUCAUGAAAGACAGUUGUAAAAUAAUAGCGUAUAUAGCGAAAAAAAUGUUAACAUAUCAUCGUGUAUAGGGAGAAGACAAGAGCUGUAACGUCGGAUUCAAUUUUUGUUGAAUCGAUAUGCACCGUAACCAAAGAGUUACCGCUUCAAUAUGUUCGCCAUUUUGAUGUGAUACGUGAUAGAUAUCUACUCUUCAUGAUAGUGCUUUCAUGCACUUUAGAGAUAAAAGUGGCGCCAUUCUGUAACACACUCCGAUAUAUAACAUAACGCAACACAAAUUUUGUGGAUGUUGCUCUUGUUUGUAAAAUAGGCGUCGAUAAACGGGCACUGUCCUGAUUGAGUUAGCUUCUCAUUGGUUUUGAUGUGUUUAUUAUAAAAUGGUCGCUCUAAACAGUCAAUAUUAAUUAGUAACUAGUGUUUAGGGAGAAAAAAAAAUAGAUAUAUGCAUACAUGUAGCUUAACAUAAAAAUGUAAUGUUAUAUAUUAUAUACGUAGGCCUAUCUGAUAUACACUGAAUUUAUUAAUUUUGUAUAUUUCAAAUUUAUUUUGUUAACUUUGUAUGUGUGGAAGACUAAACACUAAAUAAGUCUUUAUUUUUAAAACUGUUUUACUUUUAACCUUUAUAUAUUGUUUAUCUAUCCUUAUAAAUAAAUGAUGUAUAUUCCCAA